AUGGAUGAGUUUCCGGUGCCAGAAACCCGUGUCCUCGCUAUUGCUAGCCAUAUAACCGAUCUCUACACGGGACUAAGGCAAUCAUAUCUUGAUGAGUUUGAUAUGAUGUUAACAGGGUAUAUCCCUGGGGCCCCAGCCGUCAACGCCGUAGGCGCCAUCGCCCAGGAACUUCAGGCCAAGACGAAAUCCGCGCCCGGAACCUUCUUCUGGGUUCUUGACCCCGUCAUGGGAGAUAAUGGCAGGCUGUACGUAGCCGAGGAUGUCGUACCGGCCUACCGCUCCCUUAUCCCGUUCGCGGAUCUAAUCCUGCCCAACCAAUUUGAAGCUGAACUACUCUCCGAAGUCAAAAUUAACGACAUGGACACGUUGAAACAGGCUAUCCGCACAAUGCAUGACAAGUUCGGCGUCCCCACAUAA